AUGGAGGGAAGGGAAUCGAAUCGACUCGAAUCGGUUCGAAUCGACUCGAAUCGGUUCGAAUCGGUUCGAAUCGACUCGAAUCGGUUCGAAUCGACUCGAAUCGGUUCGAAUCGGUUCGAAUCGACUCGAAUCGGUUCGAAUCGACUCGAAUCGGUUCGAAUCGACUCGAAUCGGUUCGAAUCGGUUCGAAUCGACUCGAAUCGGUUCGAAUCGACUCGAAUCGGAUCGAAUCAAGCGGGUAGCUAA